CGCGGGCCCCUGGACUUUCUAUAAAGGGCAGCUGCAGAGAGCAGGCUCUGCACGGGCUUGGAGCUGGAGUGGCAGUGCCUGACUCCGCCCUGCCCACAGCGCCAGCGGGCCUUGGACAGAAAAGACUUACAGACUGAUGACUGACUGAAGGCAACAGAAAUUGGGUAGGAAUUAUCACUGGCAGCAUGGAGGAGGGUCUGUACUUGAGCGAAGCCUGACGCCAUCUCCAGUUUGGAGCAGGUGCUGUGGGCACUCUCCAGGAAGAGCGUUUGCAGACAGCCUGUCCUGGGCUCAGCUGCCCAGCUCUGCGCACUUGCCCACCCUGAGCAGGUCCAGUCUUUUUUUUCUGGCUCCUGGUAUUUCUCCCCUCUCCCUGCUCCAGAUACCUUGGAGAAUACCUUAUCAGCUCAGAGCUCCAGGAUACUGAAUAGAUUGCCUGUCUGUCUGUCCACGGCCUCAACUUGCCCUCUCCCUUCUUUGAGAGGCUCCUGAGAGAGUAGCUUAGGGACCUCACGGUCCACUAAAGGCACUGGGAUGGAUGCCCCAACCACAGAAUUGCCCGAAGGGGAUUUCCAGAGCCCUGGCACCAUGGGCUAUGGGGAUGAGCUGACUCCAGAAGCUCUGAGUGUACCUAGUGGUUUCGAUGACUUGAUCACCUCCACCACCUCUCAGGUGCUUCAGGCCGCGUCCAAUGCCAUGGGCCGAAAUGGUGAGCUGUCCAAGUUGCCAGGCCACAUGCCAAACACGGGUGACCUGGCCGACACGUCAGGUCCCCUAGAUUUGGAAAUUGUGUCCCAGGAUGAGCAGGUGCAAUUCUGGUUAGUUGUAGGGUACACCAUAGUGGUCUUUGCUGCCAUCAUAGGCAACUGGGUCUUAAACCAUAUAAUUAUGAAGUACAAGAGGGUACAUACAGCCACCGGCCUCUUCGUUGUCAACAUUUCUGUGACCAACAUGAUGCUCGCUCUUCUCAGCUCUCCCUUCACUAUGGUGCGCUAUCUGUGUAAUUCCCUGGUGUUUGGAAAGAUGACAUGUCACCUCAGUCGCUUUGCCCAGUACUCAUGUGCCUAUGUAACUGUGAUGAGCAUGGCAGCUAUUUCCCUGGAUCGACAUCGGGUGAUGCUUUAUCCUUUGAAGGCCCGGAUUAGUCCCAUGCAAGGCAAUGUUUGCAUCAUUAUCAUCUGGAUUGUGAGCACCUGUGCUGCUUUGCCACAUGCCGUUUACCAGAAGCUUUACCAGGUGGAAAUUGGAAACACCACUGAGGAAAGUGCCUGCCUUCCCAGUUUCCCAUACACUUCAAAAUCCACAUGGAAAUACCUUGACCUAGGCACCUUUCUGCUCUUCUUCAUCUUGCCUUUGCUGGUGUUGGUGGCUGUCUAUGGUCAUGUGGCCAAAAAGCUGUGGAUCCAUGAUGCUGUUGAUGACAUCAAUAUCCACACUUACAUCUGCCAGCGUGGGAAGAAGAAGCAGACCCUAAAGAUGCUGAUGACAGUGGUGCUUCUGUAUGCAAUCAGCUGGCUCCCCCUCAAUAUCUACCUGGUGCUGCUAUCCAGCGAAUCCAUCUCAAGCCACAAUGGUCUGUACUUUUUCCUCCACUGGCUAGCAAUUAGCAGCUCCUGCUACAACCCCUACAUCUACUGCUGGCUCAGUGAUAGCUUCCGUAUUGAAGUGCAGAAGGUCAUCAUGGAAAUCCAGAAGAUGCUGCUAGAUAAAAUCAGCCGCCUCAGGGGAGAGCAUCGCCGACUGAGUUCUGGGUCUCAAACCCACCCCCCUACCUGCGUGGAUCCCAAUCCAGGAGUGCCCAAAUUCCCACGAUUCAAAGAUUUUGAUGAGCUGCCAAGUCCCCCUCCCUCCCCAGUAGUGGAGAUCUCCUUUCUCCAUUCAGUGCCUAGAGUUUAAGCUGCCCAGACCGCGAUUGACUAUCACUUCUCAAAAUAUCUAAGCUUAUGGACAAUUUCAACUCAGCAGAAGAGAGGAGGAGGAAGAAGUGAUACCUCAUCCUGUCACUGCCAUUCUUCUGGAGACUAUGUUCUCAAGGUUCUUUGAACAGCAUCCAUGGUUGCGUGUGUCAAGAUGAUACCAGGAUGAGAAUUGGACUGGUGGUCCUCCUCAUUUACCUCUCUUCUUCUUUGCCUCCUCCUCCUCAGUAUCCUUGUCCUCCCCGUGGUCUCUCCCCACCCCCUUCCUAGCCUUUGUCCAUUUCCUCCUUCUUGCUCCUGUUCCACUUUCUGCUCAUCCUUUUCUUCUUUCACGUCCUCCUCUACUUCCAUUUUGUCCUCCAUGAUUAUCUUUCUUCUUGUUUUAAAAAUCUUCUUAACAAUGACAAGUUAUCCAGUCUCUACUGAGAUAUCUCCUGGUUGGUAAGGUGCGGAUAGGUUUCUAGGAUCAAGAAAUGAGGUCAUGAGAGUCAACUUCUGGCUACUCACUUUUCACUUAGUGAAAAGAUGUGGUGGGUUUUGGGGUUCAGAACUUUAAAUGUUUCUAGCAAAUUACCAUACUUGCCAUAGUGCUGUGUCCCUUUUAGGAUCAAGGACAAAUUAGAAAGACUUAAUUGAAGUUUAAACUCAGUUUCAUUCCAUUGUCUCUUUUAUGUGUCCUUUCCAUCCUUUUAAUUCAGUCCAUUCUUCCUGUUCUAUCAUUAAUACCCCAAUUGCAAAACAAUGAACUUGUAUUAUUGAAGUACAAGAAUACAUAUUUGGAGUAGCUUUAGGCUGAAAACAUGACUGUAUCUUCUAUUAUGAACAUUAUAAACUGCCAACCUACCUGUGAUCUUUUGGCUUCAGCUGUUUUGGGUAUUUGUAGUCUUUGUGAAUAGUGAUCUCUGCUUGUGUAUUUUCCAACUUCCUAUGUAAAUAUUUCUGAUUAUCUUAAGGACAGAUAUAUGUAUUUCCUUUCCAUUCAUAUCUGAUAGAAUAGAUUAUUCCCAGGAUAGUGGACUGUCUGCUUAUGGUUCUGCCUCCCCACAUGGAGAAGGCAAAGUUGAAUUUUGCUUGAGUACCCCAUGAUUCUUAGAAGCAUUGUACCUAGCUCUGAUAGCCUUCUUCUCCAGUUUAGACUUAGGAGAAAUUUGGGUAAAAGGGCUAUCAUUGUAAUUUAAAUGAACAUUGUACUUUAUGCUUUAACCUUCUAUCUUUCCUAAGAAGGCACUUCCCCAUCCCUAUCCCUAUUCUGUACAAAGAAUCAAACUUCUUUCACUCCCCAGUAAGGCUUGGGAUCUGGAAUGUUCCAUGCUUGACAGAUAAUCCAGCUUCAAGGUUUGCUACUGACUUGGCUGGAAACUUGACAGAUCCAGAUCUUAAUACAACAGUUUUAGUGAUGUAUGGAUGUUUGAAGAUUUGGGCAGAUGAAUAGUUUCAGCAUCAUGUGGGCCUUUGUUUAGAUGUUUUUCAGCAGUAUCAAAUCUGAAUUCAGUACCCAGCCAAGUCUGAGGGUGCUACAAUUGUGAGAAGUUUCUGAUUGAAGGGCUCAUUUGGUUGGAACAUGGUGCUAAUGAGCUCUAGAUCCUAGACUCUAACCCAUGUGCAGCCAUUUAGCUCUGUGGGUUUGGGCAUGGUGCUAAAGAACUGUGGUCACAUGGUCUCUAAAACCCAUGUGUGUCCUUUUUCAUAGACUGCACCACUCACCCUAGUCAGCCUUUUUCUGCACAAAGGUUAUUAGCCACCUGGAAGGCCCAGCAAAACUGUUGUGUAAAAAUUAUUUUAAAAUCUGUUUUCAAUUCUGGAGACAACAGUUAAUAGUAUAUCCCUUACUGGCUGUGUGUUAGCAGUGCCACAUUACUCGAAAGGCAUCACUUUUGAAAUGUACAAAUGAGAGAGUGUACCAGAGUGACAGACAAGAGAAAUUGCUAGAUUCCCCCUUUGACAAAUUCAAAUGCAUAUAAUUACAUGUGUUAAAUGCCAAGAAACUGUAUCUUGGUACAAAUGAGGAUAUUUGGAGAAAUGGUUUGAUGAGUGUAAGAUCUACAUGUAGCCUGUCUGAUAUUCAACCUUAACAGGACAGUUUGGAGUGGGGGAAUUCCUCUAUUGGCAUAGAUAUCCUGGAUUCUGGUAAUCAUGUUUUGGUCACUGUAUAUGAGACAUAUACAUUCUUUGUCAUGUGUUGUGAUCUGACAGUCUCUUUCACUGUAAAUUCCUGUAUAUCUUCUAAGUUAAGGUAUCUUUCCACACUAUCACACAGUUCUACAAGUUCUACAAAUGCAUAUACAUAUACUAACAUAAAUAUAUAAGUACAUACACAUACACCAACACACACAAUAUAGCAUAUUAGCACAAUAAGCUGUCAGAUCUUUGUUGUUUCUGAAGACUCUCAACAUCUGAAGACGCUGAGGCAAAGUUUCACAGAUGGACAUACUAUUGUCUUCUGGUACACAUUAGGAAAGAAAGGAAAUAUACCUGGUAUAAACAAUAUGAGAGUAAAAUAAUGUUGUUUAUUCUAAUACUUCUUAUUCAUAUACUUUUAUGUGUUGAUUUCAAACUUACUUCCCUUAUAUUAGUAACAGUAAUCUCUUAUAUGUGGUUAUACCUUUGUAUUAUAAUUCUCAAAGUAAGAGUUUAUGAUAUUUAUCAAUAAUUGUUCAUUUUCAAGAUUUUAUCUCAUAUUGAAAAACUGAAGACUUUUGGGGGAUUAUAAAAAGUUUCAGCUCUGAAUAUGGACUUCUUGCUCAAUACUAAAGGAAAGAAAAGCCUUAUCUGGCUGCUCAAGACGCACAUGGAGGAAAUGGUGUAGAUUAGCCUGGUGAAAUUUUCCUGACAUAAUAUAUUCAGGCCCCAGUAAAAGUGUCUGUGCUCAGAUUUAUGUAAAUGGUUUAUGUUAAUUGGACUAGUUGAAAUGUAGCAUCUGGAAUGAAUUCCCUGUUCUUUUGUGAUGAGACCUCCUGGAGAUAAAGUUUGCCAGUUUAUUUUUAUAGAAAGAUCUUAGAAGUCACCGAAUAGAGAGAUACUGUGCCUCAUGGCUUUUGAUUUAUAGGAUUUUAUAGGUGGCAAGUCUGUAUUAAGAGUGGGGAAACUGAAUACUAUAUUUGUAAUUUUAGACAAGAGGCUGUCAAUGCUUGUGUACCCGCAACUUAAUUCAGAAGAAAGUCAGCGUAAAAAUACCCCAGAAAAAAAAAUAUUUCAAUACAAAAAAUAGAAAUAAAAAGCGUCUUUAAACUUAGAGUCUAUAGAGUAGUUAGUGAAAUUUCAUCCAUCACCUGCCUGUGCAGUCCCCCUCCCCCAUGGAAUGGAACUGAACUUGAUAAUACCUUAAUGCUUUCAGCUUUUCAGCUUUGCUCACAAGCUCUGUGGAAGUAUGGAAUAUAUCCUAGGCGUGUGUACAUAGGCGCAUCGAACACUUGCUACUUGAUUCAAACCUACGAGUGAUAUUGACUGUGUGGAACUGAAGCCUUCUGGGAGAAAGACUGACACUGUCAAAUUCUACUUAAAUGACAGAGGAAAUCAGGCUCCCUGAAGUGAUAGUGUGAAUUACCCUGUGACAAAGGAAAAGAAAGAAAUCUUACCAUUCUACAACAGGAGAAAGAACAUUAUUCCUACCAAUGUGCUUGUUGCUUAUUUACUUGUAACUGUUGCUUUAAAUAUUAUCUACUAAUGCUGUUAUUUCUCUCUACUCUAAUUUAAUGUUUGACUAUGUAUUCUAUAACAAAGAGAGGAGGGGUCAAAGGGAAGGGGGAUAGUGUCAUGGCAGGGGUAGUAGUAGUAGAUUAGGAUAUAUAUUUACAUAAAUAUAUACUAAAUAAAACUAUUCAUUCAAAGCA